CCUCUUAAACUGGAAAUGGCAGCCUCAUUGCUAUGAGAAAGAAAAGAAAAGGAGGCCAUGGAGUUGGAGUUGGAGGUGGGCCUUAAAAUUACACAACCGAGGGAAGAUCUGACCACUCACUUCUUCUUCUCUACAGAGGAAGGCAACAAUCCUCCCUUCAAAUACACCGAAACCAACACCAUGUUCCUACUCAUAGCCAAUCUCCCAGGUUUCAAGAACAAUCAAAUCAAUAUACAGAUCGACAGAACGGGGACUAGAAUCUCAGUAAGUGGAGAAAAAUGGGUUCAGGAGAUGGUGAUGGUAAGAUGGCAGAUGUGUAAGAAGGACCCAAGGAUCAAAAGCUUCCGACGGGUCUUCCGAAUCCCUGACGGCAUUGUCUUGGAUCACAUCCAGGCAAAGUUCGAUGAAUUGGACUCGAUCUUAACUAUUUUCAUGCCCAAAUCAAAAAAAGGAAUUUGGGGGAUCAAAAUCGAAGAGAUUUUGGAAAAGGAUGAAGAAAAAGAGCAAGAAAUCAAUGGCACAAGCAUUGAAAGAGAGACAAUUGCAAACAAUGUUGAUAAAGAUAUACCAAAAUGUCCUGAACGAGACGGUUUUAACGACCGCGAGAUUGUGGAGGAAUCGAAAGAGUUGAAAAUGGAAAACAGAGAAGAAACAGAUUCGCUCAAACAAAUCCAAGAAAUGUCUGAAACCGAACGUGAAAAGGAACCAGAAGAAAGGCUGGAUCAAGAAGUUCCUCUACUUCGAAUAGCCCCAAUGCCGGAGACUCAUGUGCCAACAACACCAGAUAUCGCACCUCGAACAGAAACACCAAAAAUCCAAGACUCAAAUGAAGUAGACAAAAACCAUCAAAUGAAGAAAUUUGAAGAGAUUCAAGAUGUAAAUCUUCCUGAAUUGAAAUUUCAAGAUUUUGAUUCUACAGCGGAAUCAGAUGCAAAACUUCCUGAAGUGGAAACACCGAAAAAAGUAGAAACUGAAAAAAUAGUGGAAGAACACAAAUCAGAAGAACAUGAAGGUGUUCAUGUUCCCCAAUUAUCAGAACCAGCUCCAGAAACCUUGGAUUCCAUGGAAGCUGAAUCAAACAUUAAAGAAACAACAAAUGCAGCUUCGCCUGGACGAAAGCUAGAAAUUCCGAAAGCUGAAAUGGAAAUUGAAGAAGUAGGCGAUGAUCGAGGACGCAAUGUAGGUGAAGAUAUGGGAAUUCCACAAAAAGAAGCAGAAAUUAAAGAAAGAAGCGAUCAGGGAGCGGAAUUGGAAGAAGGCAAAGAAGAGAAGCUGGAUCAUCAGAGUAAAGAAAUUUCCAAUAAUCGAGAGAGGAAGGGGAGGCACUACAACAAAAGAUUUUGCAAUCCCUGUUGCUUGUUUGUAGGAUCGACCUUCGUCAUCUCUCUUGUAGUGAUUGUGAUUCAUCUGAUAAAAGAUAAACGAAGUAAUCGGGCAAUCCAUGAUAAGAGAGAUUGAUGGGAGGCGAUCACAGCCUUAUAUUCCGGCAUGGGAUGCAUAUGUGAGAUCCAAGACACUCAUUAGGUGGACCCCAUAGUGAUCAUUCUUUAGACUGAAAUCAGGCCAAUUCACUUGUUGGAUGUUUCGUUAGAAAUCUAUCAUGAGUAAGUCUAGAAAUUAGUUUCUGAAAAGUCCAUUUUAUGGAAAUGUGUUUUUCAAAAUUCUGUUUCUGGAAACUAAUUUAUCUGGAAAUGUUGU